CCUUCUUCCACGAUGGCACGAAUGCUCCAUUACCAGCGUCCAUGGCAACAGACCAGAGGAGCAUCUUCCAUGGCGAACCUGCACGAGCAUGUGCCAAGGCUUCUGGAGAGAUGCAGCCACCUAAAUCAGCUCAAGCAAAUCCAAGCUUUACUCUUCGGCCUUGCCCAUGCCGACACCCAGUUCUUCGCCUUCAAACUGGUCCGUUUCUGCGCCCUCAAGCUCUCCGACCUUGACUACGGUCGCCGCAUCUUCGACCACCUCCGCUCCCCAAACAUCUAUCUCUACACUGCCAUGAUCACCGCUUACGCCUCCCACCCCGAGCAUUCCUCGUCGGCUUUCCUGCUGUACCGCGACAUGGUUCGCAGAGCACGCCCACGCCCCAACCAUUUCAUCUACCCUCACGUCUUAAAAUCGCGUUCUGAGCCACUGGAAGCUGACAUCGUGCAUGGCCACGUCUUGAAGUCGGGCUUUGGGCAGUACCCAGUUGUCCAGACCGCUCUUCUUGACUCCUACUCGAGGUCCUCUUCUGGUGUGGACAGUGCACGGUUGCUGUUCGAUGAAAUGCAUGAGAGGACAGUAGUGUCGUGGACGGCCAUGAUCUCCGGUUACGUUAGGUUUGGGCUGAUGGGCGAUGCGAUGUCGCUUUUUGAGAAAAUGCCAGAGAGAGAUGUUCCAUCUUGGAAUGCCCUGAUCGCCGGCUGCACGCAAAAUGGCUUCUUUUCUCAGGCUCUCUCAAUCCUACGAAGCAUGAUCAGUGCUUCCACUUCUGAAGAUGGGAAAACUCGAGGAAAUAGACCCAACGCCGUAACAGUCGCUUGUGCGCUCUCGGCUUGUGGCCAUACUGGCACGCUUCAGCUUGGAAAAGAAAUCCACUGCUACAUCUUGCGGAAUGGACUUGCUCUCGACUUUUAUAUCUCGAAUGCUUUGAUAGACAUGUACGGGAAAUGCGGCAGUUUAAUUGAGGCCAGGGGAAUAUUUGACAGGACGGUUAAGAGAAACUUAACAUCGUGGAAUUCCAUGAUCAAUUGCUUGGCUCUUCAUGGUCAAACUAGGCAGGCGAUUAGCGUGUUUGAGGAGAUGAUGACGUUUGGAGUCGACAUGCUGCCGGAUGAGGUCACUUUCAUUGGCCUCUUGAAUGCUUGCACUCACGGGGGACAUGUUGAAAGAGGCCAGGCUUAUUUUGAGGCAAUGACUCAGGAUUAUGGAAUUCAACCUUGGAUCGAGCAUUAUGGAUGCUUAAUUGAUCUCCUCGGACGAGCUGGUAAAUUCGAAGAGGCCUUACAGGUUAUUGGGGCGAUGAAGAUUCAACCCGAUGAGGUGAUAUGGGGGUCUCUGCUCAAUGGCUGUAGAGUUCACGGAGACAUAGAUUUGGCAGAAUUAGCUGUGAGCAAGCUGAUUGAACUUGAUCCAGACAAUGGCGGGUAUGGCGCAAUGCUGGCAAAUCUAUAUGGGGAGCAAGGGAAGUGGGAAGAGGUUCGUAGAGUAAGGAAAACAUUGAAGGAGCGGGAUGCAUAUAAGACCCCCGGUUGCAGUUGGGUUGAGAUAAACAACCAACUCCAUCAGUUUUACUCUGUUGACUUAACGCAUCCCCGAACGGAUGAGAUAUACACAGUAUUGGAGAGCCUGGUAGAUGCUGGCUGAGUCGGGCUUGCUUCCUUUGUUCUCCUGCUAUCUCUUACAAUCUCGUUUUUAGAUUGCGGAAUGGGAGCCAUCAAGGUCUUCACAGUUUAGCCAUUGAAGAAAAUGAAUCAGCUCCUAAUUGCCACUGCAAUCUACUUAAGAACAUCCUAAAAGGCGAAGCAUGUGAAGACCUCUUUUUUCAUCGCCCUGACUGCUUUUCUGAUGCCCAAGACGUUGUUUAUCAAAAGGAUCAAUGUUUCCUUGGCAAGUCAUUGAGUAUAGAUGAUCUCGUCGGAUUUGGGUUGGGCAGUGGCUAGCAUGCCCAUCAGCUCCAGUGUAUUACCAUAACGAGUCUUGCCAACGCUCCUCAAGUAGAAUCAGGAAGCCAAGUGAGAAGCUGAAUCUUGAGGCUGAAAUUGUUUCAUUAAGUGCCCAAUGCCGCGUUCUGGUAGUGGAGAUGGAGCCAUGGUCGAGGAGACAAAUUCUCCGGCAGUCGCAUCUUUGGGGCCGUACUCUUGGCAGCUCUCAAUAUUUACUUGAUUGAAUCACCUUGGGCCACUCAUUUAACUCACUCAUAUUUUCACCUCUUAACUUGAGUUUAUUGAUUUAGUAGAGUUACCAAUCAAACGAAUUCUUUAAGAACUUGAAAAAA